AUGACGGCGGAAGUCGCACUGGUUUUCCAGCAUGAGACCUUCUUCCAGAUGGUGAUUCAGGCGGUUGAGGGGAAUGCGAGCAAAGAUCCUCCCGGCGAUUUUCAGCAUGGAGAUGCCCCGAUGGUUGUCGCAGAGCUGGCGGUUACCUUUCCGCUUAUGGAGAUGGACGAUUGUGGCGUCCUUGAAGUCCUGCGGGACUUCUCCAUGACGCCACCUCUACUUGAUGAGCGCCGUCAGAUGUUCUAUAAGUUGGGGGCUACCGCGUUUGUAGUUCUCAGCAGAGAUCGCGUCCGAUCCGGGCGCUUUCCCAUUAAAGAACUGCUGCACGGUCCUGAUGGUUUCUUGGAGAGAGGGCGGGAGGUCGAGGUCGGCGAUGGUCUCCACUUGAGGCAGAUGGGUGGCAGUGGCAUCAUAGAUGGUGGAGGGACGGUUGAGGACGCUUCUGAAGUGUUCGGCUCGUCACCUUUGAAUUUGUCUUCUCAGUGA